UCUGGCCGGGCCCUUCGCCUCCAUGAUCCUCGGAGACCUCGGAGCCCAGGUGAUCAAAGUGGAGAGACCAGGUGCAGGUGACGACACCAGAGCCUGGGGUCCUCCGUUUGUGGCGUCAGAGAGCGCCUACUUCCUCAGCGUCAACCGGAACAAGAAGGUUUCCUGUCUCAGCCAUAUUGCUGCUAACUACCUGAAUGCGGGGAAGGAGGCGAGGCGCUGGGGGACGGCCCACGAGAGCAUCGUACCUUACCAGGUAACACCUUCAACUG